AUGUUCGCUCCUGGCCAAGAACAGAUCUCCAAGGAGGAUAUCCGCGCGGGUGAACUGCUGGCCAACCAGACCGUCCGCAUGGCCGUCACCGGCAGCGUCCUCCUCUACCUGUCUCCCUUCGCCAUCGAUUUCGUCCGCAAAUUCCUUUAA